UUCUGCUGCCUGCCCACUAGGUACCUCAGAGCACCGAACCAAGUACACAAAAAAAUGCGCAUGGCAUUUUGGACAUCUCAGCGGUGACGACAACUUGCUGGGUUAUAAAAUGUCGUCAAGUAAUUACGUUGGUCAGCGUCUGUCCUACGAUAAUGCACUUUGCACUGUCCGCUACACAGGGCCCGUCGCUGGCACGUCAGGCAGCUGGCUCGGCGUAGAAUGGGACGACACCGGACGCGGGAAACACGACGGCCAACAUAAAGACGUCCGAUACUUUUCAUGUCUCUCAAAAGCCCCCACCGCCGCUUCAUUCGUGCGGCCAACCCGCCGCGCCGACGCUGCGCAGAGCUUCGUCACCGCGUUGCACGGCAAGUAUGCCUCCGAGGCGGUCGCGAAGCGCGAGGCGGAGAUUCAGCAGAUUGUCUUCUUUGGUAAGAAACCUGCCGAGGAGGUCGGCUUCGACAAGAUCCGCCGGCAGCUCGCGCGCGUCGAGGACUUGACCAUUGUGAUUCUCGACGGCACGCGCAUCCAGUCGGACAUCGUGGACGGGGACAAGAGUAUCAAGGAGACGAGCCCCCUCAUUUACGAGCUGGAUAUUAGCAGGAACCUGUUUGAGGAGUUUGAUCAGGUGAUCAAGAUCUGUCAGGAGUUGGACGGCUUGAAAAGUCUGAGACUCAACGGUAACCGCUUCCGAGUUAUCGAGACGGGAGAAACGCAGGCCUUUGCAAAAGUGACUGAGCUGGAGCUUGAGGAGACACUUUUAAGCUGGGAAGCGCUCUGUGGUCUAGCCCUCAAAUUCCCAUCCCUCGAGACCUGGAGCUGCAGCUUGAACCAGUUGACCGUGCUGCCCAGCGUCUCGUUCGGAUCGCUCGCCGCAACCCUCACGACCUUGGAUCUCGAAUUCAACGAGUUCACAUCACUCUCUGACAUCGCGGCUCUGUCAUCCCUAGAGUCCCUCCGCAACCUCCACCUCAAGGGCAACAACAUCGCCACCAUCUCCUCUCCUUCCGGCCCGGUCCCGACAUUUUCAACGAGUCUGCAGUAUCUAGACAUAUCCUAUAACGCCGUCGCAAGCUGGGCCUUUGUAGAUGCUCUCCCCACCUCAUUCCCGGGCCUCACGGCUCUCCGUUUCGCCCACAACCCAAUCUACGACCGUCCCGACCCGGACGCCGCCGCCGGCGAUAACCAGACAAAGUCGACGGACGAGGCACACAUGGUGACCAUAGGCCGCCUCGCCUCUCUCAAGGCCCUCAACUUCACAGCAAUCUCGCCCAAGGACCGCGAGAACGCAGACAUGUUCUACCUCUCCCGCAUCGCUAGACAGCUCGCCUCCGUACCCGAGGCCGCCGAGCCCGAGGUCAUUGCCCAACACGCCCGCUACAAGGAACUCUGCGACCUCUACGGCGCGCCGGACGUCAUCCGCCGCGACGAGAUCAACCCUACCUACCUCGAGGCUCGUCUCAUCACCGUACACUUCACCCAUGUCGCAACAGCAGCACGUUCAGACGGCGGCAGCCGGGAAGAAGGACAACAGAUGACCAAGACGGCCACGAUCCCCAAAUCGUGCGACGUCUACGCCGUCAAGGGGAUUGCGGGACGGCUGUUUGGUGCGGAGCCCCUGCGGCUGCGUCUGGUGUGGGAGACUGGCGAAUGGGAUCCCGUUGGCGGGUUCGACGACGAGGAGAAUGCGGAUGAUAGCAGCGAUGAGGAAGACGCUGCUGCUGGAAGGAGCGGUGAGGGAGCGCAGGAGGCGAGAGGAGGUAGAUGGGUCAAGAGGGAGGUUGAGCUUAGGGAUGGGCCGAGGCAGCUGGGGUUCUGUGUGGAUGGAAUGGAUGUCAACAUCCGCGUGGAAGACAGGUGA